AUGGCAAUUUCGCAUUCGUCCAGAUGGGAGGAUAUUGCCGCAGCCAAAGCGGCAGCUUUGAUGGCGACUAUCCCGGCGAAAUGGGUAAUUCCUGCUGAUAUUUUGCCGUCGUCCAAGCAGCUCGAUGUGACCGCUUUCCCCCAAACUUCUGGAUGGUUCACCACCGAAGAGCUGGAGAUUACAUCAAGCACGUCGUCUGAGAUCGUCGACAAAGUUCGGACCAGAACUUGGAGCGCAAAGGCUGUGACAUCAGCAUUUUGCAAAAGGGCUGCAGCAGCACACCAACUAACAAAUUGCUUGUCUGAGACUAUGUUUCCCGAAGCUCUGGCAUCCGCCGACGUGCUGGACAAGGCAUUGACGCAGACGGGAAGAGUGGUUGGGCCUCUUCACGGGUUGCCCAUAUCGAUCAAAGACAACUUUAACGUGGUUGGCAAAGACUCAACGGUUGGAUUUGUAUCGUGGUGCAAUAAGCCACAUCAACAGAAUAGUGUUCUUGUUGACCUGUUAAAAUCCCUCGGCGCCGUCGUCUAUGUCAAAACAAAUGUUCCGACGGCCAUGAUGAUGCCAGAAACCGUGAACAAUACUUUCGGAAGGACCUUAAAUCCCCUUCGACGUACCCUGAGCCCGGGGGGAAGCUCAGGAGGAGAAGCAGCCUUAUUGGCAUUCCAAGGGAGCCCUCUCGGGGUGGGGACAGACAUUGGCGGCUCUUUGCGAAUUCCCGCAUCUGCCACAGGGAUUUUUACUUUGCGGCCUUCGUUAGGCCGAUUUCCGACCGGGGGUUGCACAUCCGGGCUGGCAGGACAGGAAUCGGUAAACAGCGUGAACGGCCCGAUGGGGCCAGCCUUGUCUGAUUUAAGCCUGUUCGCCAAGUCAGUUGUGGAUGCGCAGCCCUGGUUGAAAGACCCUAAGGCGCUUCCCAUUCCCUGGCGACAAGUUACGUUGCCCAAGAGAUUGAAACUCGGCGUCAUCUGGAAUGACGGCUGUGUUACCCCCACCCCUCCCGUCCAACGAGCAUUGAAAGCAACGGUCGAAAAGCUGAGACAAGCAGGACAUGAAGUGGUCGAGUGGGAUGGAACAAGUCACUCGAGAGCGCUCUCAAUCCUGUCGAGGUUCUUUGUAGCCGAUGGAGGGAAGUCCUGUCGGAAGGCGCUAGAGUCAGUGAAGGAGCCUUUCCACGCCCAAAUGAAGACAUAUGAAGAAGCCACAGAAAUGGGUUGUUAUGAUCUGUGGCAACUUCACCUGGAACGCAAUAAACUGUGCCAGGAAUACCUUGACCGUUGGGCCGAAACAGGAAUCGACGGAAUUUUGAGUCCAACCACUCCGUUCAGCACCGUAGAGCAUGGCAAAUAUAAACAUGUCGGGUAUACCGCGAUAUGGAACAUUCUGGACUAUGCGGUUGUUAAUUUUCCGUCUAGCGUCAAGGUGGAUCAGGAUCAGGACUUGGUUGUUGAUGGCUUCACGCCACUAAGUGACCUGGACACCGAGGUGAAAACUGAGUAUAAUCCAAGUGCGGUCCAUGGGAUGCCUGUUGGACUACAGAUUGUGGGCCGACGGUUAGAGGAAGAAAAAACGAUUGCGAUGGCCGAGGUGAUACUCGAGGCGUUGAGAAGAUAG